AUGAAGCCAUCUUCCCUCCUCUGCGCUCUCUUCUCCCUGAUCACUUUUGCGGUAGCGGAUAAAGUAUGCACCCCUAGCUUCGACUACUGCGCCGAUGAGCUUAUUAAAUCGAAGGGAUUCACAGAAGAUGAUCUCAAGUCUGUGCUAAAGGGCACCGAGUUUGAAAAUGAGGACCUGAAAAACAUCCUUUUCCAUUGCAAGAAUCCCGGCAUUGUCGGCCACCCAAAGGUUUGCAGUAGCGGAUGCAAGGAUUCAGAGCAGGAGGGUAGCCACAAUUGUUGA